CCCCUUUACCCUCACUCAACAGUUCCCACUUUCGACCCACCACUACAACUAUCCACUGCCAAUCCUGCCCUUCUCAGCAUCCUUGCCUUGCUCGCGACAAGCCCAGGCCAGCUUCUUCCUGCCACCUUCAGAAGCCAAGAAACCAAGGAAGUCUGACAGUGAAAGUAGGACCAAUGGGUUUUCGGUUGAGAAGGCAAUUUGAGGGAGAGCAGUGGUAAGAUUGGGAGGCAGAGGAGGGAAGAGAUCAGAGUUGGAGGGGAAGAAUAGUGGACUAAUGGAAUACUGGUCCAGAGGAAUGAUAGAAGUUAGAAACAAAAGAAACUUCCUUCAGAACAGAGUGAUAAGAAGCUUAUUAACUAUAAUAACAAAUUUGGUAAAUAUCAAGAUCACAAAAGCAUGGGUUUCUCCUAAACCUCAUAGAACCGGUGCUGUAUGACGCCCUAAUAAAUUAUUUUAUCAAAAUUUUUCUUCAACUGGCGCUUAUUGAGCCUAACAGCAUAAGUUCUUGUGAAGGACAAAAGAGAUUACGCAGAGGAGGCAUU